GGAAAAAUGAGACUCCAUCGUUCAACGCCACUAACCCACCCUCUCCCUUCCAUCAACAAAAUGGGCGCCUCAGCCGCUUUUAUGCCCUUUAUAGGACCCCGCCCGCCUCGCCUCCUGUUGGGUGCCUAAUUCCGAAGGGGAGGGCAAGAGAGAGGCGAGUUGGAAGGGGCUUCAUUUCAUUGGUUCUCAAGAAUUAGCCUUCAAGUGCCUGAAUUGAAUUCGACGAAUAAAAAUCAGGCAAUGCGUUAGACAGGCCUAUAUGGGGCUUGGAGGCGGGGGCCGGUCUCCUUGAUUCGCGCCAGAAUUCAAGUAAGGAGAGGAGGAGGAGGAGGAGGACAAGAAGAGAACGGUUGGGAUCUCUGUUGCCGCUGGAUUUUCUGAUAAAUGCAAUCCUUGAUACUGAAUUACGAUGCAUAUCAAGUCGAUUGUCAUUGACGGGUUCAAGUCCUAUGCUCAAAGGACAGAAGUUAAUAAUUUUGACCCACUAUUCAAUGCCAUUACUGGCUUAAAUGGAAGUGGCAAAUCCAAUAUCCUGGACUCCAUCUGUUUCUUACUGGGCAUUAGCAAUCUAUCUCAGGUGCGAGCUUCCAACUUGCAAGAUCUUGUUUAUAAAAAUGGCCAGGCUGGAAUUAGUAAGGCUACUGUAUCCAUCAGCUUUGAUAAUUCUGACAAGAAGCAGAGUCCGUUAGGAUUUGAGAUUCAUGAUGAGAUUAUAGUCACAAGACAGGUGGUGGUUGGUGGCAGAAAUAAAUAUCUAAUCAACGGUGUGAAUGCAAACAGCACUAGAGUGCAGGAUCUUUUUUGCUCUGUCGGACUGAAUGUCAAUAAUCCUCAUUUUCUUAUAAUGCAGGGUCGGAUAACCAAAGUUCUCAAUAUGAAACCUCCAGAGAUUUUGUCUAUGAUUGAAGAAGCAGCCGGCACAAGGAUGUAUGAGUGCAAGAAAAUAGCUGCUCAGAAAACCAUUGAGAAAAAAGAAAUAAAAGUCAAAGAAAUUUGCAGGGUCUUGGAGGAAGAAAUCAUGCCCACCUUGCAGAAACUGAAAGAGGAACGAUCCUCCUACUUGGAAUACCAAAAAGUGAUGCGAGAGACAGAGCACUUAAGCCGCUUGUAUGUUGCAUAUCAGUUUGUGUUAGCUGAAGAAACCCAAGCCCGUUCUGCUGAUGUCUUGAAGGAAAUGGAGGGCACCACUGCAAAAUAUAAAGAGGAAAUAACUGAGAACGAGAAGGCAGUGAAGGAACUCAGCAAAGAAAUAGCUGAAAUGGAAAAGAAGAAGGAUCAAGAAUUUGGUGGCAUGCUGCGUUCGCUGGAUAAUGCUCUUACAGAAGUUCAGAGGCUGGAUAUCAAAGUGCAAAGCACUCUGGAUAUCAAAAAACAGAAUCUGCAAAAUGAAGAAAAAAAGCAUAAAGAGCUUGUUAAAAAUAUGGAAGAGGAUUCUAAAGCUUUGGUGGCAAAGGAAAAAGAAAUAAAGAAGAUAACUGAUGAUCUGAAUGCUCUUCAGGAGGCUAACGAUACAGACAUAGUGGCUUUGGCUGCUGCAGAGAAACACUUCAAAGCUGUGUCUGCUGGCCUGUCCAGCAGUGAAGAUGGGGAGGAUGCUACUCUUGCUGGACAGAUGAUGGCUUGUAAGAACAAUAUCAGCAAAGCAGAAACUGAAGCUAAACAGGCUCAGAUGAAGCUGAAACAUGCCCAGCAAGAGCUUAAGACCAAACAGGCUGAAGUGAAAACGAAGGAUGCUGGCUACAAGAAAGAUCAAGAUGCGUUUGAAGCUGUCAAAAAGCAGAAAGAGAAACUAGAGCAUGAAAUGAAGAAGCUCAACUACGAAGACAAAAAAGAGGAAACCCUUCUCCAAAAACUAAGAGAACUGUCUCGUGUAGUGAACCAGCUAAGGGAGUCGUACGAAGCACUAAUGGCCAAAUUCCCCAAUUUACGCUUUGAAUACAGGAAUCCAGAAAAAAACUGGGACCCUGGCCAUGUGAAAGGGCUUGUUGCAUCUCUGAUUACUGUGAAAGAUGCCUCCACAGCAACAGCAUUAGAAGUGGUUGCUGGGAGUCGACUCUACAAUGUUGUGGUGGACACAGAGGUUACUGUCAAAAAACUACUAAAAAAUGGUGAGCUGAAACGUCGAUAUACCUUUAUUCCAUUGAACAAAAUUUCAGCAAGGUGUGUUGGGGAAGGAGCUAUCAAAGCAGCUAAGAACUUGGUUGGGGAGGACAAUGUCCAUCUGGCUCUUUCUCUGGUGGGAUAUGAAUCUGAAGUGCAAAAGGCGAUGGAGUAUGUUUUUGGAGGCACUCUGGUUUGUAACAACAUGGACAAUGCCAAGAAAGUCUCCUUUGACAAGAAGAUAAUGACGAAAACUGUCACUCUUGGGGGAGACACCUUUGAUCCUCAGGGCACACUGACUGGAGGUGCACGAUCACAGUCUGCCUCAGUUUUGUGCAAGCUCCAAGAGGUGAGAGAUGCACAAGAGCAGCUUGAAGCAAGGGAGGCUGAGCUUCAGUUCAUAGAAAAGGAAUUGUCUGAUGUGAAACAUACUGCUGAGAAGUAUCGUCGUCUGAAGCAGCAAUGGGAGAUGAAAUCUGAAGAAGCAGAGUUGUUGCAAACCAAGCUACAGCAAAGUGCCUACCACAAGCAGCAAGAAGAACUGGAUGCGCUGAAGAGAACCAUUGAGGAAAGUAAGGAGACUUUGAAGACAACCAAAGAAGUUCAGAAAAAAGCAGAGGAGAAGCUAAAAGUGCUCGAAGACAAAAUGAAAAAUGCAGAAGCAGAACGGGAGAAGGAAUUGAAAGAUGCCCAACGAAAGCUGGAUGAUGCCAAGAAAAAGGCUGACAGUUCCAGCAAAAAGAUGAAAGGAAACGAACAGGCGGUUGAAGCACUGAAGUUAGAACUUGAAGAGCUGAAACAAGAACAGGCCUCUUACAACCAACAGAUUGAUGCUGUGAAUGAAGCUAUUAAAUCCUUACAGGAGCAGAUUGAGGAAAUCUCGGUUGAGGUAGCAAAGAACAAGGAGUCUGUGAAGAAGGCUCAGGAGGAGUUGGCUGAGCAAAAGGCGGUAGUGAUGGCCCAGGAAAAAGCGAUCAAAGCCAAAUGUGCAGAAGCCGCAAAGUAUAAAGAGAAAAAUAAUGACUUACAGCUUAAGAUCAAAGAACUAGAACAUAACAUCAGUAAGCACAACUGGGAGGCUUCUGAAGCUUCUGCUAAGGUGGCUAAAAUGCUUAAGGACUAUAAAUGGAUAGCUGCGGAGAAGCACCUUUUUGGCCAGCUGAACACCGCUUACGACUUCAAAACGAAUAACCCGAAAGAAGCUGGUCAAAGGCUGCAGAAGCUGCAGGAAAAGAAAGAGAAUCUGAGCAGGAAUGUGAACAUGAGAGCAAUGAACAUGCUUUCUGAGGCAGAAGAACGAUACAAUGACUUAAUGAAGAAGAAAAGAAUUGUUGAGAACGACAAGUUUAAAAUCCUAGCAACUAUUGCAGAACUUGACCUAAAGAAAAAUGAAACUUUAAACAUUGCCUGGCAAAAGGUAAACAAAGACUUUGGCUCAAUUUUCUCAACUCUCCUGCCAGGGGCCAAUGCUAUGUUAUCCCCUCCUGAAGGGCAAACUGUCCUAGAUGGUCUGGAGUUCAGAGUUGCCCUGGGAAACACCUGGAAGGAGAACUUAACUGAAUUAAGUGGGGGGCAAAGGUCUCUGGUGGCCUUGUCUCUGAUCUUGGCUAUGCUUCUCUUCAGACCUGCUCCAAUUUACAUUUUAGAUGAGGUGGAUGCUGCCCUCGAUCUCUCCCAUACCCAGAAUAUUGGGCAGAUGCUUCGUACCCACUUCAGACAUUCCCAGUUCAUCGUGGUAUCGCUCAAGGAUGGCAUGUUCAGCAAUGCUAACGUGCUUUACAAAACCAAAUUUGUGGAUGGUGUUUCUACUGUGACACGGUUUGCACAGCUGCAGAAUAGUAACAGUGGGCUGCAUGGCAGAGAAGACCAUAAGGCAAAAACAAAGCAAAAGAAGUAGAGGACCCACAUGGAUGUAAACUCUGUCACACCAUAGCCACCUGCGUGCCAUUUUUCUUAGCCUGUUAUAAAAUAUACACCCUCUCUUGGUUUAACUUUGUGUUGAUCAUAUUGUACAGCUAAAGCCCUAUCCUCCUUUCACUGUUGGACCCUAGAGAUGCCAAACUGAUAGAUAUUGUUCACUUUUAUUUGUAUAAUAACUUCAAAUGUUUCUCUUCUGGUUCUCAGUGAGUUCAAGUAAAAUUGCUGCCAUCUCCCACAAACUAUUAAGGCACUGGUUUCCCCUAUUUUUCAUGAAAAUUUGUACAUAUUAUUAUUUCCCCUCACUAAAAUCAACUGAUGGUCCUCAACUAGCUGGUUUUUAUUAUAAAGCUACAAUGAAUGAUUUGUAUAGACUGAAACUGAGAUCACCUGCUUCUGUUUGUCAGUCAAAGCCAGACAAACCACUUAGUAGUGUUUCUUCUCUUUUUUGUAUAAUAUUUUCAAGAAUGUUUGAAAUACAUUUAGUAUUUUGACUGGAAGUAUACUGCUUAUGACAAGGCGGCAAACAUAAUGCUGAGGUGCUAUUAACCACCAAGCAGGCCAUUUAAGGCAGGAAGAAGGGAUGUGGCAGGAGCAUUCAAUAAUGGCAACACCAGCCAAGUCAGCUCUGUCUCUUCUUGCUUUUCAAGGAAACUUGAUUUUCAAAUGUAACUUAUGAAGUGCAGCUUUCUAUUAAUAAAGCAUUUGGAAUAUAA